UGAGGCUCACAUUCAGUAUCAACAGUACACCGUGGACACAGCAGCAGCAGCACCUUGAAUCACUGACUCCAGCCUUCAUUAAAAUGAACUCCGAGCCUGUUGUCAUCGUCUCUGCUGCGCGGACACCAAUUGGGUCCUUGAAUGGUGCUCUGUCCACGGUGCCUCUGCAUGACCUGGGUUCAGUGGUGAUCAAGGACAUCCUGAAGCGGGCUGAAAUAAAGCCAGAAGAGGUCUCUGAGGUUAUCAUGGGACACGUCCUAACAGCAGGUCAGGGACAAAAUCCAGCACGUCAGGCCAGUGUUGGGGCAGGUAUCCCAUACUCUGUCCCUGCUUGGAGCUGCCAGAUGGUGUGUGGCUCCGGGCUGAAGGCUGUGUGUCUGGGAGCUCAAUCCAUUCAGACUGGAGAGACCACUGUGGUAGUUGCAGGGGGCAUGGAGAGUAUGAGCAGGGCUCCUCAUACAGUACAAAUGAGAGCAGGAGUGAAAAUGGGUGAUGCCUCCUUGCAGGACUCAAUGGUGGCUGACGGUCUGACAGAUGCCUUUCAUGGCUACCACAUGGGCAUCACAGCUGAGAAUGUGGCAAAGCAGUGGGGUAUAACGCGAGAGGACCAAGACCUGUUUGCUGUUCAGUCCCAAAAUAAAACCGAGGCUGCUCAGAAAGCAGGACACUUUGAUCAAGAGAUUGUCCCGGUCAUCGUGCCAUCCAGGAAAGGUCCAGUGGAGGUGAAGGUGGAUGAGUUUCCUCGCCAUGGCAGCAACAUGGACAGCAUGUCCAAACUCAAACCCUGCUUCAUCAAAGACGGCACUGGCACUGUCACUGCUGGAAAUGCCUCAGGUAUUAAUGAUGGGGCAGCAGCAGUUGUCCUAAUGAGCCAAUCAGAUGCUGUGAGACGUGGAUUGAAACCCAUGGCCAGAAUUGUAUCAUGGGCCCAAGCUGGUCUUGAACCCUCCGUCAUGGGAACUGGGCCGAUACCAGCCAUCAGGAAAGCAGUUGAGAAGGCAAGCUGGCAGCUAGAUCAGGUCGACUUAUUUGAGAUCAACGAAGCAUUUGCAGCUCAGUCUGUUGCUGUGGUCAGAGAACUUGGCCUGAAUGUAGACAAGGUGAAUGUAAGUGGCGGAGCUAUUUCAUUGGGCCAUCCUAUCGGCAUGUCCGGCUGCAGAGUGCUGGUGACCCUGUUGCAUGCCCUUCAGAGGACUGGAGGACGUAAAGGUGUGGCGUCACUCUGUAUCGGAGGAGGGAUGGGCAUUGCUUUGUGUGUGGAGCGAGUCUGAGAUGACGCAAUUGUGCUCUACAGAUUGCACUUAAUCUUAAAUGUAAGGGAUACUGAAAAACCUUGUUUACAAAGCUACGUGAUUUAAUUUAAAAUGUAAGUUUACGUGAUGCUGUCACUGUAUAAUUUAGGGUGUGGAGAUCAUAUGUCCUUAGCCUCAUGGCGUAAUUACCUAAAUCACAUUUUUUUUCAGGGCAUGUGAUG